AUGGCAUCCAAGCGCAUUGUCAAGGAGUUGGACGAAUGCCAAAAGGCUCCACCGCCUGAUACCUCUAUCGCAUAUAAUGAGUCCGACAUUCACAAGUGGACUGUCACCCUCGCCGGCCCUGAAGGCUCUGUCUACCAAGGAGGCUCCUUUGUUCUCACCCUCAAGCUGCCCACCGACUACCCAUUCAAGGCACCCGUUGUCACAUUCGAUACACGCAUCUACCAUCCCAAUGUCACCAACGACAGCCAGGGCAACAUAUGCCUGUCCAUCUUGAAGAGCGAGAACUGGAAACCCGCCAGCCGCAUAAAGGGCGUCCUUGAAGCAAUCCGCAAUCUGCUCGUCGAACCCAACCCAGACGACCCCCUGGAACAGAGAAUCGCCGAAGAGUAUAGGAAUGACCGCACCAGCUUCGACAAGAAUGCGAAGCAAUACGUAGAACGCUAUGCCAAGGGUGACGCCAAGAAGUGA